UAUUGGUGAUAAAUAUAUAUAUAUUACAGAAAGUAUAGUUUUGAAAGUGUACAUAUGGCGGUUGACGUAUUUUUUUGUGAAUAGCUUUAACAAUGUGUGUCUGCCGAUUUGAAUAUUUAUUUUAGACCUCACGUCGGUCGAUAAACUGCGAUCGCUAUACCUAACACGUACAGGUAUCAGAAUAAAUGAGAAUACCCAAACAACGAGGAUCAACAUUCAAGAAUGAGCAAUAAGUAGCUUCUAUGUCUGAUGACUUAAUGAAGAAUGAAGCUUUGCAGUACGUAAGUUGACGUCAAAAUGCAGAUGUGUCAGUAAGGAAUGAGGAGUACGACGAUCACAAAAUGGAUCCACAGGAACUAGUGCCGUUAGAGACCGGCCUCCCUCGGCCACGCCCUGCCCGACAGUUCAGCCAGCUAGCGUCCCGGUCGUGCUAUAAGGUCCCGAUCAGACUGUGCCGGCUUCUACUUCUGAUGAUCGUACUACCCAGCUUGUUUAUAUUCGUACCGCUUUAUAUGAGGUACCGCAUGUUCCCGAGCCAAAUGUACCCCAUGAGCAUGACAGACAUGCGGCUGAUCGACAGUAAGAUAUCCCCCACGUGGUGCCAGACGCAAGUGGUGAAAUCCAACGCAACGUUCAACGCGUUCGUGGUGCCGGGCCCCCCAGAGCUGAUGGAGGAGCUAGUGCCGGUCUCCAUGACACGGGAGUUGGAACUAGAAGAUGACAUGAAGGAAUACUGGGGGUUCUACCUGCUACAAGGCUCUACUGUCACCGUAUCAGCGUGUGUCAGCUGGCCAGGCGCGUCCCUCAUCAUGAUCAAAGGGUACAAGCACUUGCAGGAGUGCGCGUACAUCGGGGACGACUCCUCCGAGGAACUGGAUGAGCUCAUGGAGAACUACAAGCUCGGGCUCAUGAGUAACACCACCUUACUGGACAAGAUCAACAAACUGAACAAAGAAGAUGGAAAAGCCAAUGACCCCGGAACUAUGAAAAGGCAUAAACCAGGGGUAUCCUUCCACGACCCUAAUCAAACCGCAAAUGUAACGUCCUCAGACAAUGUGCCCACCAAUGACGUCACGGAUCAUGACCCAAAGGAACUUCGCCAAAUCCUCGAAAGAUUGCACGCAUUGCGACAAGCGGCGAAGACUGAAUCAGCAAAGUUCUAUCACCCGCCACCCCACCUGAUGUCGCUGCCAGCUCUGCACAGGCACAGAGACGCGAACGUCGACAGAGAUGAACGAAGAUGGCUGACGUUCAAAGAUAUAGACACAAGUAUCAGCGAGCAAAUUAAGAGUAAUUCAAGUAAAACGAAGAUGGAAAGUGCAGAUAUAAAAUCCGUUAUCCAAACUGCAAGUAAUACCACAAAGAAUACGACAAAUACGAAUUUACAAAAGGAAAUUGAUCUUAGUGAAGAAGAUAAUCUUAUCAAUUCUAAAUCCAAACAUUCGAUGAAUGAUAAGAGAACAAUGGAAAAUGGAAUUAAGAAUAAUGCUAAUACAAAACUUAAUACGACGGAUAAAGAUCCGAAUAGUAAAGAAGAAGCAAACUCAAAAGAAGUUUUCGAUGAAGUGCUGAAACAAUUGCAAGGUUUGGGGGAUAGAGGAAAACGAGUUCUGGCGCGCCUGCACAAGACGAUGGGAGUGGCCUACCAAGAUCAGGCUUCAGAUACAGUCACGCGUAGCGAUGAAGAUUUGGAUCACCUUCGCAAUGUGUUAGUGGAAGCUAUUGAUGAAGAAAAAACCAGAAAACAGAGACAGCAAAGACGUCGUCAGGCAAUGGAAGAUGCAAGACACAAACGGGAGCUACUGCUGGGGCAAAUUGAGCUCCAGAAACAAUUUAAUGAGGACGAUGAAGCGAGGGACUUCGCGGCUGAAGAGGGUCUCGAACCAGAUGGCUUCGCGGAGCACCACAAUCAAAUCAACGAAACAACUGCCUUUGACAUGUCCAACUCAGAGUUUUGGUCGUCUUUCUCAAGCAGUGAAGAAGCAUUACUCGAGUGCGCUGGUCUCAUACUGAAUCUACCACUGACGCCUCACUCCUCAUGCCGCCCUGGUGUUUCUGAAUCUCAGAGCCAUACGGCGGCCAGGGCGAACGCUUUAACAUAUAGAGUGCCAGCUAACGGUUACUACUUCUUCGUGUUCAACUCCGAAAACGAAGUGCAGAGAAACUUCAUCCGGGCUCGCUUCGACCUGCAGAAGACGAGAUACGACGUCGCCCGCACCACGUUGAGGGAGUGCAGGAAUAGCACUGAACGCUGUGAUCUGCCGCUGGAUAUCUUUUCUAGCCAGAAGGUGGUCUUAGAGCUGCCUCUACGAAACAACGACUCACUUUGGAACGAGCAGUUCGUGAUUAUAUCAGAAUGUGAACCUCGGACGUCAGUGUACAUGGCCUGUGUGAUUGCUGUGCCGAUUUUGAUACUCCUGUUUGCAUUUCAAUAGCACCGAAAAAUUAAAUGGUCUAUCCAUUAUAUACAAAAUAACCCAAGACUUUUAAAUCAUAAGAUGUCAUGUGAUGGUAUAUUUCCAAAGAGGGUUGACGUCGUUAAAACAAAACCAUAAAUCAAUCUUCAGUAGUUUGAAGAAGAAGUGCUGCAAACUCCAGAAUGACGUGGGAUAAGGGAAGAAGUUUACAUGAUAUUUUAAUUUAAAACAAACUUAGUCUAUUUAAAAAAAACAAAAUAUUAUACGUAACUAUGUAUGUAAUUAAUAGGUGCCCGAAUCACAUGUCAGGAACAUUCACUAAAGUGGAUAUAUUGGGUAUAUGAACACUACGUUAUCCGUUCACUGUGCGUUCACCAGCCUCCACAACGUAGUGUUUGUAUUCUCUUUGACUGUGUCCACACGCACACAUUCAUAGUAUAAACAUUUAAUAGAUUUAAGUUGUUUCCACCGUUCCAAGAAUUGUUAAAAUGUAUCUUACAAAAUAGAUACUGGAGCUUAUUCGAAUAUAUUAAUUACUUACCUAAAAACCUCAGGGUCCAACUUUGCCUACAACGAUUUUAUCAACGAAUUUAUUAUUUAGGUGUACUAAGUCGAUUUUUGCUUACCUUAUAAUAUAAAAUAAUGUAAAUAACCUUAUACAUAGGUACGUACUUUACGCUAAGAAGUAAUGAAAUUAUAAAAAUACUUCUAUUAUUAUUAUAUAAUGUAUUCCUUUACGACAGGGAAUAUUGUGAAAAGGAUGGUAGUACUAUUAGACCUUAAUUUUAUUUUAGUUUUGAGAUUUGUAUACGCCCGAGACAUAAUCAAUAUUAUAAUAUUUUAAGGGCACAUAACAAAGAUAUUAAGGCGUGUACAUAAUUAUAUUAAAUCCAUAUAGAUUGAAGGGUGUCAUUUCUAGAAUGGUCAGUGUCGCAAAAACUAAAAAAAAUAAAGAGAUCUCCGAUUUAAAUUAAUGUGAAAACGAUAUUAUAGUAUACGAAAUAAGCGAGCAAUAUAUUUCACAAGAAAGCAAAAAUAGUUUCAAUCAAAGCUUAGAAAUUGUGUAAACUUUAGUAUAAACGUAAUGUGAUACAUAGUUAAAAAUAUUUCUCCUAAUUAUCAUUUCGGAGACUAAUAUUCUUAACAACUGGUAUUAAAUAAAUAAAUCAACCGUUAACUAAUAGUCAUCACCUAAGAGUUGGCGGAGCAUUUUUUUUCUUUAGAUAUCGCCUAAAUCGUUAGGAAUUCGAUUUAAGCGAUGCCUUGGUUUAGUGAAAACGGGCAUAGGCCUAUUAAAGUCCCACUGCUGGGCAGAGGCUCCCUAAAAUGCGGGAUGGCGCGCUCCAUGAUAGGGAUAGAUCUAUGAGAUGUUAUUAUUAUAAUUUCAAAAUUCAUUUCAAGUCCUGAGAGUGCCAUCAGGAUUGCACUAGCCUCGAUAGAGUUAAAAUUUUCACAAAAUGUUUGUUUCUAUUGACGCUAUAAUUUCAAGAAGUAGAAGAGCUUUUUGUGACUGAGUUCGUCCGGGUAAGUACUACCACCGUGCUUAUUUCUGCCGCUAAGUAGCUUUAUUGCAGUGCUGUGUUUCGGUCAGUAGGGCGUGAUUACCGGUUUAAUUAUAAAGUAUAAAAAAUGUGUAAUAAAACAGGCACCUACGCCUCAGG